CGUAAGACACUGCAUGUGGAAGAGUAUGAGGUGUAUGCAGCCGUUGAAAGAUGGGCCACGGAGAGAUGCAAGCGUAAUAGUCUGGAGCCGUCGGCUGUCAACCGCCGUCAGAUGUUGGGUGAUGCGUUGUUUCUGAUUCGCUUGUACCAGCUAUUCAAAGAGAUUUGGUCGACGUGUGCCAGCACUCUGCUGCGGCGGACCUUAUCGAAACCGAGGUUCCCCCUAUGAUUACCAAGAUCGUGAGUGAGCAUGUCCCUGCUAUCCUUGCUGAAAUCGUAGACGAAAACCAUCGCCUGAAAUCCCAGCUUACCAUCAUGGAGGCCCAAAUCAAAGAGCUGCAGGAAAGCCAGAAAAAGUACGACGAGUUUGCCUGUGUGUUAAGCGCUUUGAGUAACAAAGUCAACAUGCAAACGGAUACCCAAGCAACAUCCCUCUCUGGCGCGGUCGAAAGUGGUCGAUUAUCUCCUCAACCCUCUGGGUUUCGAUUGACCAUCAAGACGCCCGCCAGCGAGAAUGAAAACUUCCCACCCCUUGGCAGCCCCCAAGGCAAAAUGUCAACCCCAGAAGAAAGUGCCGUUGCUCCCCUGUGUUUUGACAGCCCUACUUCCAAGUCGCCGGACACGCGGGACUCCUGGGCAACUGUUGCGAAAAAGAAGAAAGUUGUACGUGGUACGCGGAACACCAGUUCAGACUGCAGGGAAGACAUCGUGAUGUCGACUCUACAGAAGCGCACCAGCAAGGCUGACAAGGAGAAAGAGAAAAAGGACUUCUGUCUACAUGGCAUCCCCCCUUUGGAUCCGACCCGACACCAGACACUUGAUGACUACAGCAAGGAUCUCAAGAAUGCCAUUGAAUCUAAUGGGAUCUCAGUUCGAUUUGUGUCUAUUUACACUGCUAAAAAAGGUGGCAAAAACAGUUUGUUCGCUCGUGUUGGUUCAUUUGCUCAUGAGUCUGAUAAGAUGUUUGCUGCGGAAAACUGGCCUUCUAACAUUGGGGUGCGUGAGUGGCUGUUUGCCCCCAAAGAUGCGCAGUAAUUCCUAACCUAGA